UCUUCUGUAGUGAGUAGAUAGAAGAGAUGUCUGGUUCUACUACUGAACCAGAUAGGGUGCAUUUAGUCACAGGGGGUGGAGGAUACCCUGGGUUUAAUCUUGGUAAAAAGCUGGCUCAGAAUGGAAAGAAAGUUAUCCUAGUAGACAUCAUCAAACCAAGGUGGCCACUGGAGGAAAACAUGUCAUUUAUUCAGUGCAAUAUAGCUCAAGGUCAUGAAGUGGAAGAGGCAUUAAAAGGAGCAGAUUGUGUGUACCACAUGGCCUCCUAUGGAAUGUCUGGGAGGGAACAAUUGAAUACUAAAGUGAUAGAGGCUGUAAACGUGGAAGGAACUGAAAAUGUUAUCAAAGCAUGCUUGAAGCACAAGAUAAGGAGACUUGUCUACACCAGCACAUACAAUGUCAUCUUUGGGGGCCAGGAAAUUCGUGAUGGGAAUGAGUCCCUGCCUUACCUACCUCUGGACAAACAUCCUGAUCAUUACUCAAGAACCAAAAGUAUAGCAGAACAAAAGGUAUUAGCCACCAAUGACCCAGGAGUUCUCCAUACCUGUGCCCUCAGGCUGGCCGGGGUAUAUGGUGUGGGGGAACUUCGUCAUAUACCAAGGACUGUGAACACAGUACAGAUGGGAGCAAUGAAGGCUCUGUUUGGUAAAGAUUCUUUACAAGAUUUUCUCCAUGUGGACAAUCUUGUUCAGGCUCAUAUUCUUGCAGGACAGGCAUUAAUGGAGUCAAAGAAAUGUGUGGCUGCUGGCCAGGCCUACUUUUUGUCAGAUGGUGCUCCUAUCAAUACUUUUGAAUUUUUCAGACCCCUGUUGGAUGGAUUGGGCUACCCACUUCCGAAAAUUUAUGUGCCUGUGUCUCUAGUCUAUGCAGUAGCUUUUAUCAUUGAGUGGAUCCACUUUUUUGUAGGCAGAGUUUACAAUUUUCAACCCAUACUAACAAGAACAGAGGUUUACAAAUCCGGUGUCACCCACUACUUCAGCAUCAAAAAAGCAUCUAGAGAUUUAGGAUACAAGCCAACAAUACAGAAUGAAAUUUCUGAUGUUUUAGAGGAAUAUAUUCAAAAGGGAUUCAAAAAAAGGAAGAGAAAACAGUCGGCCCUUAUGUACUAUUUUGUCAACCUCAUCAUAGCUGUGAUAUUUGCUUCUUUUGUUUUGUCCUGGUUGCCAGGAGUAAAAUAAACUUUUAAAAAAUUUAA